GGAAUAGUGACCGAGAUGUGGAAUAGUGGAUUUGAAAGCUAUAGCAGCUCCACCUUUGGGGGUGCCGGUGGCUACACACAGUCCCCGGGGGGCUUUGGAUCGCCAGGACCAUCCCAAGCUGAAAGGAAAUCAAGAGCCCGAGCCCAGCACAUUGUACCCUGUACCAUAUCUCAGCUGCUUUCUGCCAGUCUGGUUGAUGAAGUGUUCAGAAUUGGAAAUGUUGAGAUUUCACAGGUCACUAUUGUGGGGAUAAUUAGACAUGCAGAGAAGGCUCCAACCAACAUUGUUUACAAAAUAGAUGACAUGACAGCUGCACCCAUGGAUGUUCGCCAGUGGGUUGACACAGAUAACAAAAAAAGCCUGGUGGCCUUUAAGAUCAUGCCCCUGGAGGAUAUGAAUGAGUUCACGGCACAUAUUCUGGAAGUAGUGAAUGCACAUAUGAUGCUGACCAAAGCUAACACCCAGCCCUCAGCAGGGAGAGCGCCUGUCAGCAAUCCAGGAAUGGGUGAAGCAGGGAACUUCGGUGGGAAUAGCCUCAUACCGUCAAAUGGCCUCACUGUGGCCCAAAACCAGGUGCUGAAUUUGAUUAAGGCUUGCCCACGACCUGAAGGAUUGAACUUUCAUGAUCUCAAGAACCAGCUUCAACACAUGCCUGUAGCCUCAAUCAAGCAAGCUGUGGAUUUUCUGAGCAAUGAGGGACACAUCUAUUCCACCGUGGAUGAUGAUCAUUUUAAAUCCACGGAUGCAGAAUAACUGGAUCUAAUUGGGUAUUCAACAUAUUUUCCAGCUGGACCUAUUUUCACAAUCUGUUGUGUCUAGCUGUGCAUAUGUUUUGACCAGUUGACCUCUAGAAAGUAGGUUUCGUCUAUAAAAGGUCUCAGUUGACAUCCUUUUGAAACUUACUGAUCUUCUGUUUUUGUUGAAUCUCAAAGGGAGGCAGCUGACAGUGAUAUGUGAACCAAAGUGGUAUUUCUUUAAAAGUUACAAAUUAGGUAAUUAUAAUAACAUCUGGAUAGAUGGAAGUGGAAGAGGGAUGCUACCAAGAGAGUUGGGCAAUGUUAUGUAAAUAAUACUCAGGAUUCUCUGUUCUUAAAAUAUUGCCUGUUGAGAGAAGAUGAGUACGACUGGGCCUUGUCAGCCAAGAAAGCCAGGGAACCUGCUAACUUCUGCCUGGUUUUGUUCCCCAUUUUGGUUAUGUGUUGUUACUUUCAGAAUUGCACUUUUCUUCAACUUGUCAUGACUACUGCCAAGUGUUUUUGUCAACAUGAGGUUCUAGAUUGGUGGCCUCAUAUGGCAGAGGAGAGGAAGAAAUACUACCAUGUUUUGUACAAAAUAAGUACAUUAAUGUGUUUAAUAAUAAAAUAGUUAUAUUAUUGUACUAACUUGUGAAAACGUUCUUAUUUUUCUUCUUGAUAUAAUUUGCUGCCUUAUCUGAUAGUAUAGCAUAGCUUGAUUUGGAUUUGACAUGUUGGCUCUCCUUUUUAGUUAGGAUCUUGAGCAGUGUAUGUGAGCUCUGAGAGCCUCCGUUUAUGAAAAGACAACUGUUAUUUCCUUAUAAGAUUGUUAUGGAAAUUGAAUGAAAUGAAAUUUGUAAAGCAUCUGGCAUUGCCAUUAAUGAGGAUUAUAAAGCGGACCUUAAUCUUCAUUGUUGCAGUAUAUAAUCAUGUGACUGGUCAAAUAGCUACCAUGUCACCUCAAGAUGAAACUCGAAGGCCUCGGCUGUUUUUUAGCCAACUUAAUCAGCUCUUUUUCUUUUGGGAGCGGAAACUAGUUCAAAGAUGCUUCUGGCAACUCUAGAAAGUAAGCUACUUCUUGAAUGAAAGAACUAGUUACA